GAUCUUUUGACAAAAUCCGGCUUCAUCAAAAAAAACUUUGAUACCAUCUUAGCUUUCCGAGAAAUGACAUGGUGUGGUAUUCAAGGAAUAGAAAAAAUAUCAUCCUCAUGCUUUAAAGGUGUAUUUACGGCCGAAUACGUAAAUUCAUCCAGGAAUAAUCAAAGUGAUGAAACCAUUUUUAUAAAGAGAAAUUUAUUCCAAGUUUCUGGUUUUUAUCCGAUUUUUGAAGUUAUAUCUGGACUAACAUUGCUUCAGAUUUCUGAUUCUUGGCUGAAUGCAACGAAUCAGCUUGCUACUGAUGUAAUUAAUUAUAAUGUGCCACCUAUUUCCGUUAUUUGUGGACAUCGAAACGUUGGAAAAUCAACAUUUGCUAGAUAUUUGCUUAACAAUCUGCUUAAUUUCUGUCCUAAGGUCGCCUAUAUUGAAAGCGAUGUUGGACAAUCAGAAUUUACGCCAUCGGGUUCCAUAUCUCUCAAUAUAUUUAAUUCUCCUAUUUUUGGACCGCCAUUUACUCACAUCCAACAACCUUAUAGAUCUUAUUAUAUUGGCAGCAAUACUCCUCUCGACGAUCCCGAUUAUUAUUUGGAUUGUUUACGUGAAUUGGUAAUUGUUUAUCGUCGAGAUAUCGCUUGUGGUCCAGACUUUGGCAUGCAUGCGGGCGAAGAGUUACAACGUAUUCCAUUAAUUUUAAAUACGCACGGGUGGAUAAAAGGAAUGGGAUAUGACCUCUUUCUUCGUAUCCUUGACUUUACUAAGCCAACACAUUUAUUUCAAUUCUACUCAUCAAUUCAUUCAUAUCAAAAUCUUCCACCAUUCCCCACUUCUGUUAUAACUCCUCCAAAUGAAGAUCCACCUAAAAUUGCUUUGGUUGAAGCAAUUGAUCCUUCUAAAGUUUCAACUAAAUAUACAGCUGCAGAUCACCGUACGUUGGCCUUACUUUCUUAUUUUUAUUCUACACCUGCUAUGCUAUCAAAACAAGAAAAUACCAAAUGGUGGCAAUUUGAUAAGCCUUUGAUUCAUCAUUCUCCAUGGUGUUUGGACUGGACCAAAGGACUGACAAAGGGUGUUUUUGUUUUUUCUGGUGAUGUUCCUUGGAGUCAACUUUUGUAUGCUUUAAACGGUUCAAUUGUUGGUUUAGUUGGAAAUAUUCUGGAUGUAGAUGUGAACGAAAGUUGUGAAAUGGUUGAUGAAAUGGUUGAUGAAAAUGCUGAUAAAAUGGUUGAUGAAAUGGUUGAUGAAAAUGCUGAUGAAAUGGUUGAUGAAAUGGUUGAUGAAAAUGCUGAUAAAAUGGUUGAUGAAAUUGCUGAUAAACCAGAAACAUCACAAGAAAAAGGAAGAAAUAUUCAGCCUCCUCGUUAUUUUCCAUGUCCAGACUAUCCACCUCCAGAUCCCUCUGAAUACUUAUUUUUAGGACUUGCUAUUAUACGAUCUAUAGAUCCAGUUGCUCACACCUUUCAUAUUCUAACACCACUUUCAUAUGUAGAGUUACAGAAAACAUGUCUCAUUGUAAAGGGGUCAUUGGACUUACCUACAUGUUUUAUGUUGGAUCAUUCAAACAAUGUUUCAACAGGUGUUUGUGGCGUGCCCUGGAAGAGAGUACCUUAUAUGAAUUUAGAGGCUAGAGAAG